UGGACUCCAGCUGGUAAGGAGUCUGUUGCCUAGUUAGCCUACCAUUCAGGGUGCGGUUAAUACUGACUAAAAGAAUACUGCUGCACAGUUAGACUCCCAAGAGGAACCAGGCAGAGGGAGGAUGGAACCUCUUACAUUCCUCCUCCUAUUAGCAGGACUAGUGGGAGCAGCAUCUACUGACAAUUCAACAACAGAAAACAUCACAUCAGCACCACCCUCACCAACAGCAACAGUCAACACGAACAUGGCCUCAUUACCAGUUAACCCAACUUCAUCGGGUAACGUGACGUCAGCAACACCCUCACAGACAACACCAGGCAUCAUGACCUCUCCGCCACUCAAUGCAACCUCACCAAAAAACGUGACAUCAGCACCACCCUUACCACCGUCUCUCAAUGCAACCUCACCUCAAGUCAACAUGACCACAAUUCCACAUACUUCACCGGGUAUAGUGACAUCAGCACCACCCACAAAACUAGUCAGCAUGACCUCAGUGCAUCUAAAUGCAACCCUACCAGAACCAGUCAACAUGACCGCAGCGUCACUCAGUACACCCAGCAUGACCUCACCAACAGUCAAGCCAUUAUCUCCAGACCUAACUUCGCAAGGAACAUCCAUACUUUCAAAUGUCACCUUUUUUAGCACUACAACUAAAGCUGCAGCUCCAACCACAACUACAACUGCCGCGCCAGCACAAGCACCUAAAAUCAAUUUAGGAUUUAAGCUGCAGGAAACCUUUUCACCAGAACUUGCAAACAAAAGCUCACCAGCCUUUAAACAGUUAGAAUCAAAAGUGACUGAACAGCUCAACAGCGUCUAUAGUAAAAAAUUUGGAUCUAGCUUCAAACAAACUGUCAUCAAUAGUUUCAGUCAAGGAUCCAUUGUGGUUGAUGCUGAGCUGAUAUUCAAUAAUGUCAGCACAUUACCAAAUAUCAGCUCUGCAGUUGCAACUUUGACAGAAGCUGUUGCAAGCCCAACUUUUAACCUCUCAGUUAACACGUCAUCUAUUUCAGCAAAAGCUGUGACAAUAGCACCAACAGAACAAAUCACAACAUCAUCUUCAACAAUGAAUCCAAGUACCACACCAGCUACUGCCAAUGCCACGAAUGCUACCUCAAAUGCAGCGACAACUUUGGGCUCUAAUACAACUGCAGCCACAACAGUGGGUUCCAAUACAACUGCAGCUACAACUGUGUCUCCAAAUACAACAACCACUUCCACUACAGUGACAACAUUACCCACAACAACUACCAGCACUGCAUCAACAGAUCCUCCUACUGCAAGUCAAGGAGCCCUUGGUCUGAUAUUCAGUCUCAGCCAAACUUUUACAGCAGACCUCGCAAACUCAAGUUCAUCAGCUUUUCAGGCUUUAGCUCAAAAAGUGACCAAUGAGGUAAAUGCUGCAUGUAAACGUGUCUAUGGAUCAUCCUUCCUUCGUUCCUUUGUUAAAUCAUUCCGGUCAGGAUCAGUGGUUACCGAUAUGACUCUUGUAUUCCAAGACAAAGCCUCAGUUCCUACAGUAAACAAUUUAACCACAGAACUCGCUGCAAAUAUUAACUCUUCUUCCCUGAACAUUAUACCAGGCAGUCUUAAUGCAACUGAGCUCAAUAUUACAACAACCCCAACCACUGCUUCUAACAUUACUACAGCUGCAACAACUGCAGCUACAGCAGUGGUUUCCAAUACAACUGCAGCUACAACUGUGUCUCCAAAUACAACAACCACUUCCACUACAGUGACAACAUUACCCACAACAACUACCAGCACUGCAUCAACAGAUCCUCCUACUGCAAGUCAAGGAGCCCUUGGUCUGAUAUUCAGUCUCAGCCAAACUUUUACAGCAGACCUCGCAAACUCAAGUUCAUCAGCUUUUCAGGCUUUAGCUCAAAAAGUGACCAAUGAGAUAAACAGACUGGUUAAAAAUGUCUUUGGAUCAUUCCUACGCUCCAGGGUUAACAGCUUUAAGAAUGGAUCAGUAGUUGUCGACAUGACUCUUGUGUUCCAAAAUCAAAGCUCGGUUCCAUCACUAACUAAUGCAACUACAGCGCUGACACAAGCACUCCAAAAUACCACACUGGGCAUCAUAGAAGGCAGUAUAAGAGUGUCAUCAUCAACCAGUCUUCAGUCUACAAUUGGCAUAUGGGCGCUAACACUGUUGACUGUGGCACAAAUCAUGAUCAACAUGUAGGCACCACUCAAGUUCACUCCAGUGACUUCACCAAAAGUUUUUACUGUGCUAUAAAACCGGGUGUGCCGACCAAAGGAAAAACAAAAGAUAUAAGAAGCUAGCAUUAUGAAAUUUACCAAGAUGAAGUAAUUUGGUGCUCAGAUGUGUGCUGAGUGUAAAAGAUUAAUAUAUAUAUAUCUUAUAGUAUUUUCCAGACACAAAUUUAUGGUGCAAAAUAUCUAAUACUUUUUGGCAACGUAUUGGCAGUUACUUGUGAGUAACACAUUAGCUUGUUAGUGCACUUGUUUUCGUUGCUAUUGUGGCAUUAAAAAAAACUAUAAAAAACAUACAUAUUAAUUUACAAUAUGCAUUGCAAGAUGCGAAUUAAUAUCCAAACAUAUUAUUGAGUUAAAUGGUGAAAGAGAAGAUGUGCAUAUUUAAUGAUGUGAGUUGAACUGAAAUGAUCUUGAUGCAGCAGACAAGUGAUUGAUUCUGUCAUAAUCAUACAGUAUCAGGUGAAUAGUUUGGAAGGUGGACUUUAAAUGAGAAACAGCAUACUAGUCUAGCAAAAUAUUUACAUACUACUGUCUUAAUAAAAAUAAGUUGUUUUUCUUCUUUUCAUUGAUUAAUUAGUGCAUUGAUUAAAAGAUCUGUAUGCCUCUAUAAUGAAAUUAAUAAAACCAUUAUUUAUUCAACCAAGUACUAGAAUCUUAGGCUUAAUAUGCUUCUUGUGAUUUGUAAAUGCCAUCUCUUUUACUCUGCAUUUUUUCCUUUUAAUAUCAGAAGAAGGAAAAACUACUGCAAAUAAUAAUUAUUAGUGGUGUGGUGAAUGUGAUUUGUAGAUUUGUGAACUUUAUAUUUAUCAAAAUAAAGAUUAUGACAAUUACCAGGUUUGUGUACUACAAAACAAUUAAUGCGUUAAGGAGCUAUUUUGAGAUUAAAGUCAGAGUGUUCUGUGUCAAGCAAGAGCCUAAAUCACCAUGUGAACUUUAAACACGUGAACAUUGAUAUAGCACAAGGUUCAGUUGGCUCUGCAUAAAAAUAGGUGGUCGAAAUUGUCUUCAAGAAGCUACUUUUAUGUAGUAAUGUUGUCACUGUAGUGGAAGUAGUGUGAAGUAUAUUUCACAACCUGUACUUUUUUACUUUUACUUGAGUAAAGGAGUUGAAUCAGUACUUCAACUUUUAUUGCAGCAUUCUUUAACACUGGUAUCUGUACUUCUACUAAAGUACAAACUGUCUCUACUUUUGACACCUCAAUGAACAGGUAUGAAAUCUUUAACUGGGGCUUAGGUUUUGUCAAGCCAACUAACACAAACAAAGGGUUGCUGUAUUGAACUUCUUUAUCAAAGAUGUGUCAUCUUAUUACUAGACCUAUUAUUUUCAGAGCCGAUAUCCAAGGAUAGUAGAUUAUAGAUCAAACUGGGAUUGUUAAGACUGGCUGUUAGCCAUAGUCAUGAAUGUAUCCCUAGCUACUACCAGAAUCCAGGAAAAAACAACAGGAGCUACCAAGAAACAAGUACAAAUGUGUUUCCCUUGCAAACUACUGUUUACAAACUACUCUACUACAGGUAGAGGACCACAGGCUUUGAUGUACUUUCAAAUGAAGGAGCAAAGUAGCAGACAACAAUCCAUUUACACAAUAUUGUUUUUUAAUUCUCUGUGUAUCACACCUGCAGCUCAACCUCAAUGGAUAUACCUGCUCUCACUCUACUGUAAUGUAGCAUUUAUUUUAUUGUUCUAAAUGUCCAAAUAAAUUUAAUAGUUGUAAA